AUGGCCAGCCAGAUGCGGCGCAAGCCAAACGCCUUCAAUCUGGUGCAUCAGCUGAUUCUGGCGCAGAGAUCAACUGGGGAUGGAUUUGGAGAGGCUGGCUUUGAGGCCUGGGACAAGGCGGCCACUCUGGCGCAAGCCUAUUCGAUUGGGAGGCAAGAGAGCGCAGCAGCCUUGAAUUUGGUGAAGUUCUGCAGCGAGUCGACUCGCCAGAGAUUGUGUGAGCUGGUGGAGAAGUACGGCAUGCGGUUCAUCAGCCACGACAGCAUCGCGAGCAACAUGUUCAACGACGACUACUGCUCUGCGAAUGGCACCCUGGAGCCAUGGCAGCAGCAGCUGACGAACAGUGCGGACUUGAUUGCGAUCCUGGUGGACCGCAUGCAAGCCGACUACCUUGGGACGCACGUCAAGCUGCGCAAGCCGUUCAAUGGCGUGGUGGUCGUGACCCGGUGA